UUGCACGGGCCAUAUAUGUGCCCAUCGGAACCAAAGUUACCUUCCGUCGUUUCUAAACGAGACGAAUUGAAUGAAGGACACCUGUAUAAACCAAAUAUGGCAACCUGCACGAGGAUUGUAAAAGUUUUAGCAGGAUGCCAAAGACAUCUCCUUGUGGCUGGUGGUCCAACAUAUACGAGUGUUUCUCCGGUUGCACCCAGACAUCUCCCUGUUAGGACCUAUGCCGCCGCGAAGACUUUUAAAAAAGACAAAAAAGAUGACAAAGAGAAAGAGGAGAAGAAAGAGCAGAAGCCUAUCGACAACACGGGUCGUCACAAACCGUAUGGGCUGACGGCGUGGGCGCCGGUGGAUGACGUGUACGUGACCAGGUUCUACCCCAAGCCGGUGUUUGAGACCGCGGUGGCCGUGGACAUGCUGAAGAGUUUCCAGACGCUGGACUAUACAACCCUGGACCAGCCUGUUUAUAUCAACCUCAAGUUGGACAUGAAGCUGGAGAAAAAGAAAAAAGUGGAUCCCUUUGUCAGCACGGUUCAUUUGCCACACCCGUUCAAGACGGAAGUCAACAAAGUUGCCGUUUUCACAGAGAUCUUAGACGAUGAAGUGGAUGCAGAUUUCUACGUAGCAGUGCCAGACAUGAUCUCCAAACUGCUGCCGCUGAAGAACAAACUGCGCAAGAAGUUCCCGAAGAACAAGAGAGGAUCGGUUGGAGUCGACAUUCCCAAGAUGCUGGAGUUGUUCAAGACUGGCCAUGAGUAUACAGUGGAGAAGGACGCUGUCAUCACCAGGGUAGGAACGCUGGACAUGCCCAAGGAACAGCUUAUAGCCAACAUGCAGACUGUCGUCGAGGAUGUCUGCUCCCACCGGGCGGCUAGCUUCGGACAUUUCAUAGAGCGAGCGAUCGUCAGUAGUCAAGCGAGUGAAGCCUUGCUCUUUAAGAGUGAAGACCUCGUACAGAAAACCCCAACGAAUAAGGAUGCUUGAAGUGUUCCUUGUGAUGUUAUGUAUUACUGGCUGUGUAUACUGUAUUGAAUAAAGUGUGAUGAUUAUUAUGGUUUACUUGA